AUGGCGGGAUCGACGGGGAUCAGCAACGCGCCACCUCCGGGCCAAGCCCAUGAGAGGGGCGAAUCCUCGGAGAGCCCCUCGCUGAGCAAGAAGAAAUCAAGGCGCGGAACCGAUCCCGCCAGCCAGAAACGGAGGUGUGUCAGCACCGCUUGUAUCGCGUGCCGCAAGAGGAAAUCAAAGUGCGACGGUGCCCUUCCGAGCUGCGCCGCAUGUGCAAGCGUCUAUGGCACCGAGUGUGUGUACGACCCCAAUUCCGACCAUCGCCGGAAAGGUGUAUACCGCGAGAAGACGGAUGCCAUGAAGGUCCAGAGCUCAACCCUUCAGGUCAUUGUCGACGCCAUCCUGAACGCUGCCGAGGAGGAUGUCCCGGCAAUUGUGAGGAGGAUCCGCACUUGCGAGAACCUGGAUAUCGUUGCCGAGUCGAUAUUGAAACACGAAUUUGCCAGCAGCGACGACGGCUACGAUGAUAGCACUGAGGACCAGUACACCACAGACCUUCCGGUCGAGGGUGAGAGGGAACUUGCUCGUAAAAUGGGCGAGCUGCGGCUUGAAAACGGGUCCGUCCGGUUCAUCGGCGGCACAUCCCAUCUCAUAUAUCUGGGAGAUCCCGUCGACGUUCCGGACGAGCCUCAGUCCGAGAGCUACAGGUCAGACGAGGACCCUGUCACCAGCUGGUCCGAAGUCACCAAAGAUGCCCAGUUUGUCAUUCACCUCCUGAACAUGUACUUCGACUGGCAUUACCCCUAUUUCACCACCCUAUCCAAGACCUUGUUCUACCGAGACUUUCUAAAAGGGCGGCCCAGAGCACCGCCCAAGACGCCAACAUACUGCUCAUCCCUUCUUGUGAAUGCCAUCCUAGCCCUGGGCUGCCACUUCACUGGUGCCGCCGGCGCCUUCGCAGUUCCCGGGGAUAGUCGGACCAAGGGCGACCAUUUCUUUGCAGAAGCAAAGAGACUGAUCAUGGAGAACGACGAGUACGCAAAGCCGCGGCUUACCACCGUCCAAGCUCUCGCACUGAUGUCUGUGCGCGAGGCUGGCUGUGGAUGUGAAGCCAAGGGAUGGGUGUACAGCGGUAUGAGCUUUAGGAUGGCGCAGGAUAUCGGCCUCAAUCUGGAUGUUGGCGGCAUUGCGACGGAUAAGGACCCGCUAGACGAACAGGAAAUCGACGCCCGGAGAAUUACAUUCUGGGGUUGCUUCGUGUUUGAUAAGUGUUGGUCCAAUUAUCUCGGGAGACUACCUCAACUGCCUUCGAACUCGUACAACGUACCGAAGUACGACGUCUUUCCGGACGAGGACGCCGAGCAAUGGUGCCCAUACACCGAUGCGGGCUUUAAUCUCUCGGCGAAGCAGCCUUCGAGGACAAGAGCAGUCGGUUUGCAGCUGGCGAAGCUCUGCGAGAUCAGCAGCGAUCUGCUCCUGUUCUUCUACCACCCAAGCCAUAUCGGUAGAUCAAGCGGAAAAUCCAUCGAGCUCAAGAAGUUGAGCGAGGUCCACCGACGUCUCGAAGAAUGGAGGAAGGAGUUGCCAAAGGAAUUCGAGGCGAAGGAAGGGCAACUGCCUAAUGUGAUCUUGGUGCACAUGUUCUUCCACCUGCAGUACAUCCACCUUUUCAGGCCUUUCCUCAGAUAUAGCCCUGCUGCAUCACCGUUACCUGCUCACGUAUCACCUCGGAGGAUAUGUACGGCCAAUGCGGCGGCCAUCUCAAAACUAAUGCGCCUUUACAAAAAGACGUAUAACCUGAGGCAGAUCUGCAAUAUUGCUGUGUACAUGGUACACUCGGCCUGUACCAUCCACAUGUUGAAUCUACCGGAAAAAACGGCGAAACGGGACAUUAUCCAUGGCGUCAAGCAUCUGGAGGAAAUCGCAGAAGAUUGGAUCUGUGCCCGACGGACACUCUCCAUCUUGAGCGUUCUUGGCCGGAAAUGGAAUGUCGAACUACCAGAGGAAGCGUCAGCUGUGCUGCAAAGAACGGACGAAAAAUACGGCACCUUCAGCACCUCAGAUGUCCCAUCUCCAAAUAGGACCAUGCCAACCCAAACGCCUUCACCCCCUGCUUUCCACGCCUCGUUGUCUGCGAGACAGGAGCAAUACAGUGUACCGGACCCGCACAGUCAACCCGCUCCGCCGCCGGUGCCUGCAGAACCACCAGCCGCAACGAUGUUCCCCGAGAUGCCUGGCCACUUGGCCCUGACGGGGCAGCCCCCCAGCAUGCAGAGCCAAGUCUCGAGAUCGAUGACUCAUCCUAUAAGCACCUCGGGCAUGUCAAUGGCUGACGCCCGCUCCACGGUCAGUUCAUGGACGAUGCCCACCGUCCCCCAGGCGAUCCCAAGCUACAUGCGAUGCUUCGCACAACCCCACAGCGGCACUCCGUCGACGCAGGAUUCCCGGACCGUCACACGCCAGGUCAGCCCGAGCUCCAUUUACGCGAUCGAUGGCCAAGACUGGUACUUGAAGGACGGGGUGAACUGGCAGCAGAACUUCGAGACGUGGAACAUGGGGGCGUCGAGCAACGCGGGGAAUGCCUUGUCCAACCCGGACCCGAACGCGUCCUUGUUCACGUUCGCGGGGUUCAGGGGCGAUUGUGAUGGCGCUCUCGACUCGUUGAACAACAUGAGCAAUAUGGACCACUUGCCUGGUCUGGAUUAG